AUGUCGCAGGAGCAGUCGCCAGUCGCCUGCGCCGCCGCCACCGGCGAGAAGGCCACCUACAGCCAGAGCGAGGUGAACCUCGCCAUCCACGGCAUGAUUUUGCGCAAGUCCUACGCCACGCUUAUGAAGGUGUGCGACUUUCCGACCGAAGAAGCCGCCUACCUCGCGCUCGUGGACAAGCUCGCUAGAGACACCAUAGCCGGUGAGAGCGCUAAGACCGCCGAUAGUGAGUUUACUCGAAUAUGUGACCCUUCCUGCAACUGUGUUGACAUUCGCGACAGCGACAGCGGCCGCCGCCGCCAUCGGCGAGAAGGCUAUGUACACCUCUAAGGAGGUGAGUGCCAUGGUCAUUGGUCUAUAUCCGGCUUUCCCCCAUUCCAGAGGAGGGCAUGGAAAAGAUCAUGAAGGUGGGCGGCUUCGAGACCAAAGAAGCCGCCGAGACCACCUACAUCGCGCUUGGGAAGACAAUCGCCGCUAUAUACUAAAAGGUUCGCGAGAGUGCUAAGGCCGCCAAGAGUGAGUUUAUCCAACUCUCUGACCCUUCCUACAAAUGUGCUGACACUUGCUAUAGCUAGGGCCACCCCACAGAACGGCAAGAAAAUCCCAAAGAAGCGGGUCAACAUGGAGACCGACGACGAGGGCGAGGAGAGUGCCGCCACCGCGCCUUACAUGUACCUCACGAACACAGCGAUUCUCAUCUCGGAUCGCUCACCUCUCCAUCAACUUCCAUCGUCGCCACUGCCUCUCGGGAGAUCCUACUCCAGCUCUGGACCCUGGCGUCCCCAUGUCCUAGCCCUUGGUCUGUCGUCGCCGCGGACGCCUCCGCCCGUCCUGAAUGCAGCAUAG